AUGCCAUGGAAAACUUUCCAUAAUACCUCAGGAAAUCUUCAUGUGGUGGUAGAAUUCUGUCCUGGUGGAAACCUACGAAAUGUAUUGCUCAAGAGUAGAGUCGGCUAUCCUUCACCUGAAAACUCAUCGAAUUAUAUCAACAUGACAUCAACUUUAAAUCAUCGUCAAUUGUUAAAAAUUGCUGUGGAUAUUUCAAACGGAAUGGUUCAUCUUUCUUCUCAGAAGGUAUUUAGUUGUUUUACUAAUGUGUAUAUGAAAUCAUCACAAAUUUUCUAAUCAAUUAAAAUAAUUAAAUAAAUAAAUUAAAUAAAUUAUUCCCAAUUAAAUAAAUUAUUUCCUAUUAAAUAGCCCGCGUGCAGGCCCAAGGGAACUGAUAGUGGGCCUGCAAGCAAGGCCCGGUAUUUUGUAAAACGCCCCUUUUCAUAACACGCCCCAUUCGCGCGUCAAUUGUCAAAAAAGAACCAAUGACAGCAACCCAAAUAUUAACAAACAAACUCGCAUUAAAAUGUUGCGGGGUUUUCUCUGCUUUAAUAUUCAAAAUAGAAACAAUGUGUAAAUGCCUGUGUUAAAACUCUAAAGAAACAAGCAACGCAGCCAGUAAUUGCCAAAUUUACAAGUGCUCAUUUUCAACUAAAAUCGGAACAGGCAAAUUAAGACGGAUUUCAACAGAAAACCAGUCUCAAACUUCAAAUCGUGAGGGAAGUCGUGCGACCACAUCGGCAUUUAUAAUGUGUUCUUUGCUGUCGCCAUUGUUAUAAAUAAAUUGUCUCACUUAUCAGAUCGUGUGUGCAAUUCUUGUUGGCGGCGGAAAGUACGAAAUUUAUUUCAGUUAUUUCAUUUGGUGAGAACUCUACAAAAGAAGAGAGCGUUCAGAGUCCAGAUAAUACCGUCUUCUGUUUUGCUCUCUCAGCGAAGCCUUGUAAAUCGCAAAGUAUUUUGAAUAGGCUUACAUGCAACUGCAUCUCAACAUCAACCAAAAGAUAAUUUUCUUGAGGAACAUAUAACGUAUCAAGUCUGUUUGAAAUUAAUGAAACUCAAGUAAAGGUUACUAUAGUUCACCCCAGUCGUAUUAAAUGUUGCUAUUCCAACACUUCACGACAAGCAAUCCUCAUUGGCAUAACGGCAAAAACAUCUCUUUCUUCAAGUAAACAAUAAAUAGUCUGUUCUUUUUCCAUUUGUAAUCGAAAAAAGUGAUCAAUUUUCGAAUUUUAAGCUUAUCGAGAGCCUUUGUCUAUGCUUUUGUGAUGAAUCACUGACCUAAUUAUAGAAUCCAACAGCAAACAGCCAAUCAGAAUGCCGCGUUCGUGGGCGAACGCGGAAAGUACAAAAUACCGGGCCUUGCUUGCAGGCUCACUAUCAGUUCCCUUGGGCCUGCACGCGGGCUAUAUAAAUUAUUUGAUAAUUAUCAUUGGAUGGGAAAACCUUUUUCUAAACAAUCAGUAUUGCGAAGUCGGAGAACUGGUAAAAUACACACUCUUAAAACACCCUGGUUAAGAAUUUCGUGGUUAAUAUGCGUAUAUACUCCAAAGCAGCUGGACCCUGCUAAUAUGGUAACAUGAAGUGAUUCUUAACGAAUGCUAUUGUAUUAUCAGUUUAUCCAUCGUGAUUUGGCCGCUAGAAAUAUUCUCAUUGGAGAAGAUAAUAUGGCAAAGGUGUCUGAUUUUGGUUUGGCAAGAAAUAUUAGUGGAGCUGAAGAAUACAUACGAAAUAAUCAGGUAUAAAAUAUUUAAUUAACUAGAUCUUCUAGAAUGAAUACUGGCAUUUUUGUACAUAGCAGAAGCGAAAUAAGCAAUUGAAUUUAAUUUGAUUCACAAGACUCCCAUAGUGCACAAUGUACAGUUUUCAAUGCGCCGGUUUAUACCUUCAAUAUACAACCAGUCACAAUGCAACUUUUUAUUCAUUAAAACUCUAUACUGUUGUGUAAAAAUUGAAUUUUUGGGGGAUUUCAUUCCAAUACCUAAUAUACAGGGUGUUCAAUUUAUCUGAUAUAUACCUUGCCGUGAUAUUAUGAAUUUAAAGAUUGAAAGUUAUAUAACAUAACGUGAAUAAAGAUAAAGAGCAGAGCUCAGCAAAUAACUUUAAAACCAAACAUAAUAAAAGUAAAAAUUUAUUAGCUAACGUUUCGUUGUUUACCGCAAUACAACAUCUUCAGAGCAAUCUAAAUGAAUUUACAGGGUAUGGUAUAUACAGAAUAUUUACAAAAUAAUGGUUUAAUAUUACAAAAACGGUUACAUAGUUCGAAAGAACAAAUGAAUGGAAAGAAAGGAAAACAACUUAUCAGUAACUAGUUUUAAAAUUAGUAAAGAUUAAUGCUAAGUGCAUGGUUUGUAUAUAGUUAAGGUUAAUAUGACAUAACUAAAAUAGGGGUAGAUCUAAUAUUAGUAUUAAAGACAAGGUUGAGUUGAGAAAUUAAUAGGCUUUCACGGAUAAGAAGAUCCCACUCAGAAGUGCCUGAUGAUAGGAUUUUGAGAUCAGAAGCGAAGAUUGGGUGUUUGCGCAUGUGUUUGUGAGCGAGUAUACUAGACAUGGUCAUUACCAGAAAUAUGGGACAAGAUGGCGACGGACAUGCGCACUUUGACCAAAUAUGGCGGCCAAAUAUUACUAUAAACUAUAUGGGGGUUGAUCAAAAUGUCAAAUUUUAAUACACUUUGUUUAAAUAUUUCAUGGUUGCCGAGUUCGAUUAUAGUAGCGAUACGAACAAGAAUUGCACGCGUCUAGCUGGUUCCUGAGAAUGUUGUAUUUUUACUCGGAAUUCGAUGAAUUUCAUAGUGUAAUUCAUAGUAAAUUUGUGACACAAGAGGUAAAUAUCCGACGAAUAGACUAACAUCCAUUCGGGCGAUGCAAAGUGCCGAGUUCGCGAUAUAUUUGAUGAUGUCCAAACUGUUAAUUUAGCUAAAUAAAUCGCUUUAUUUUCCAGGGAAACUGGUUCCCGAAACGUUUAAAAGUUCGCCUUUUACGGUUCUUGUAUGUCGCCAUUAGGCCAUCUUAAUAUCCAAAAACGACAAGUUUUAAUACAAAUUUGAGCUGUUUCGAGCAGCCAUGUUUCUUGUUUAUUUUGAAAGACUAGAUCCAGGCUCACUCACGUAAAAACACAGGGAUAUUUUUGGAUUUUUUAGGAUAUUUGCGAUAUUUUAGUCAUGAUAAAAAUUUGCGCGGUUAAAGGUCAAAAUACCGGAAGUGAUCAGCAAAAACUGCAAAAUAUAGUUUAAAAUCACAGUUUUUGGUUGAAUAAUACUUGAAUUGGAGAUUCAAAGUAAAAUGCGAAGUCGUUUUACUUAUGUUAGGCAAUGUUAGGCAUAUAAAACUGACUUAGCCGCUGACAACUAAAGCGGGAGCAAAAUGUCCCAUAUUUCUGGUAAUGUUGAGAUAGAGCGUUCUUUUCCAGUCAAAAGCGAGAUUUCCAUAUGCUCUGAGACACGUGUGUGAAUGCGCCGGCGUGUUCGGCUACCAAUCAAUGCGCUAAUAGCAUUGACACGUGAACUGAUACACAACAUGUGAUCUCAGGGCAAUGGGAAUCCUGUCUUUAAAUGGAAAGAAACUAGGAAGGCGACAAGAGGGACGGAAAACAACACGUAUGGAAAUAUUUGAUUGAGCAGAAGCAAGAACUUUACUAAUUUGUGAACGGAUAUGUAGACCAUGUUGUCCAGUGAAAGGAAGGCAAAGGUAAACAAUUUUCUUGGAACAUGUAUCGACCUUGUCUUUGGUGUUAUAAAUCCUGUCAAGAAAUGUCUUAAUGCAACUAUCUAUAAGUGCUUUAUAGGAUAACCAUUGGAAAAAAAUGUUUUCUUAAAAUUUUCCAUUUCAAAACUGGAAAGGUAUCUAAGAAGAACAAAUAUUGAAAUAUCGAGACACAAGAGAGAAAGGAAGACCUUUUUUCUACAUCAUUGAAAUAAAGCUAUCAAAGUUUGUGAAUAAGCCGGUUGAAGUGCAUUUGUGAUGGACAGAGGUCGUGAAUGCACUUCAACCGGCUUAUUUACAAACUUUGAUGUACCAAAAAGGUCUCCUUCUCUCUUAUAUCUCGAUAUUUCAAUAUUUGUUCUUCUUACAUAUCUUUCCAGUCUGAAAUGGAAAAUUUUAAGAAAACCUUUUCGUCCAAUGGUUAUCCUAAAACACUUAUAGACAGUUGCGUUAAGACAUUUCUUGACAGGAUUUACAACACCAAAGACAAGGUCCAUACAUAUUCCAAGAAAAUUGUUUACUUCUGCCUUCCUUUCACUGGACAUGAUGGUCUACAUAUCCGUUCACAACUUAGUAAAGUUCUUGCUUCUGCUUACUUACAUAUUUUCAUACGUGUUGUUUCCGUCCCUGUUGUCGCCUUUCUAGUUUCUUUCCAUUUGAAGACACGACUCCCAUUGCCCUGAGAUCACAUGUUGUGUAUCAGUUCACGUGUCAAUGUUGUAGCGCAUUGUAUGUUGGCCAAACACGCCGACACAUUCACACACGUGUCUCAGAGCAUAUGGGAAUCUCGCCUUUGACAGGAAAGGAACGCUCUAUCUCAACCAUGUCUAGUAUACACUCGUUCACAAACAUGCACAUGCACAAACACCUAUAGUCUCCGCUUUUCAUUUCAAAAUCCUAUCAUCUUAUCCGUGACAGCCUAUUAAUUUCUCAACUUAAUCUUGUCCUUAAUGCUAACAUUAGAUCUACCCCUCUUGAGUUAUUUUAGUUGUGUAAUAUUAACCUUAACUAUACUAUAACCAUGCACUCAGCGUUAAUCUUUACUAAUCAAAUAGUUACUGAUAAAUUGUUUUCCUUUCUUUCCAUUCAUUUAUUCUUUCAAACUAUGUAACCGUUUUUGUAAUAUCAAACCAUUAUUUUGUAAAUAUAUAUAUCAUACCCUGUAAAUUCAUUUAGAUUGCUUGAAGAUGUUGUAUUGUAAACAAAGAAACGUUAGCUAACAAAUUUUUAGUUUUAUUAUGUUUGGUUUUAAAGUUAUUUGCUGGGCUCUGCUCUUUAUCUUUAAACUAAGAUUUCCGCCUGGUGUAUCAAUUGCCACAGUUAUAACCUGAAUAUUUAAUUAAAAUUCGCAGAUAGGCUAUACACUGUAAAUUUCAAGGAAUUAGAUCAAUUCCAAAAGUGUCAUUCUUUCUUUCCAUUUUUGGUCACAGAAUAAUACUUUUGGUUUAAUUGAUUCAACUCCUUGAAAUUUACAGUGAUGUACGAAUGGGGAAAAAUAAGUGUCUCGUUAACGUUGAGUCUAGUUGAUUAGUCCAGUGCAUUACAGUUAUUAAGUGGUUAUUCGGUUUUGUAGAAUUUACUUCCUGUUAAAUGGAUGGCAUUGGAAAGUUUACUUCACGGACGUUUCACAACAGCCAGUGAUGUGUAGGUUUAUAUGUUCAUUCUAUCAUUCAAAUAUGUUUUUUUAAAUUUUUAUGAGAUGAUGUAAAAAACAAGCCUGGUGCACAGGACGUCCCCUCUCAACUUUCUUGUGUAAAUAUUUUUUCAACACUUCUGAGUUGAAUAGUGUCCACGAAUUAACACUCCGUUUCUUCAGAAAGUAGAAAUAUACCACCAAUGCUAUGCGCCAAGCAGCCAAAAUUACAGUCACAUUUUGGAAGAAAAAGCAUUCUUUCAAUAAUUGCCCGUAUGGUUUUAAAGUCAGAAGAAUGCAGUAUACACGAUAAACACCGCUAGAAUGUAAAUGCCAAAAACAGCAUUCGAAAAACACGUUAAGGUGACUCGAUACAAUUUUUUUAGAAUAGGAAAAUUUGCGAUUUAUAGGUCCGUAUUUUUGAACAAGUAUUACUUGUUGAAAAACAAAAAGCGUCAUAUUUAUAUGUAAAACAGUAUCUAAAGAGAAAAUUUUCCACAAAAGUUAUACGCAACUGGUGUUGCUAUUGCAACAAUGACGAUUCAAUAUGGCGGAUAUAAUUUAACGCGUAAACGACGUCGGUGAUCUCCAAAUUUUAUUUCAUAAUAAUAUUUCUCUUAGUAUACUCAAAUAUUUUGACAAGUAUUUUAAAAAAUUCUGUUGAGCCAAAUUGUUUAAAAUUACGUCAAUGUGAUUAUUUAUAUUUUUGUUGGCUAACAACACUAAUCUGUAGCUCAUGAUGCAUGUGUAUUUAUUGAUAUAGAUGGAGUUACGGCAUUCUUCUUCAUGAAAUUGUGACUCUAGGUAAGAUAUACCACUGUAGCAGAAAACACUGCUGGUAACAAGCAGCUUUUGUAUAUUAAUAAUGAGUUCGUAGUUUUCGCAAUAUAUAAUGUAAAGAUUAAAUUUUUAUAGUUAGCUGAUGCUCACUCGAUAAUUUUUUUGAAGUUAGCACUGUCUUAUGGUAACGCAUCUCCUUCGUUAAUCGUGCUUCUGACUAUUCCAUACAUUUAGGAGAAGAGCCAUAUAAAAACAUUCCUCCAUAUAAUAUUGCCAUUCACGUGGGAUCUGGAUGUCGAAUGUCGCAGCCAUCGCAAUGUUCUGAUGAAUUGUAAGUUUUCCAGUCAAGAAAAAUUAUAUUAUUUAUGUUAAUUUGCAUUAUUAACAUUAUUACAAAAGUUCUUACCAUUCAUGAUGAUGAGAAUCAAUUUUUUCUUAUUGGUUUCGCAGCGUAUGCCCGAACUUCCAAGUCACCUGAACCAGAGAUUCGCGCUAAUCGCAUAUGCGAAAAAUAUUCGUGCCCCAUUCUUUAACAAAAAUAAUUAUAACAUUUGAACGAAUUGCAUUCACGACCAACGUCACGGCGUUACCACACAUCAGUAAGCGGUUUCAUCAGCGUGCAUAUAGUCAGUUUCAUAGAUAUCUUAUAAUUUAUAGACUAGAUAGCGCAUCUCUUUUAGUAAAAUUGAAGCCAAGAAUAUUCCAGCGGUUACCCCCAUUUGAAUCAUGAUGGCGCCGGUCAUGUUGGAGUUUCCCACUCGCUAAUAAACGCUUAAAGUCCUUAAAAACAACAAUAUCUUUCAUCAUUUGAAUAGUUUAAAAAUGUAUUUGGAAUAGGUUUACCUUAAUAUUUAAGUUCCGUGUUUAAGAAAUAGAAAACAUACGAAUCUUCUCAUUUCAUGGGAAUAUCCUGAGUCUGCAAUGACGGCUUCAAUUUUUGAAUUGUACAAUGAUUAGAUGCACUAUCUAGUGUAUAUAAGAUAUUUAUGGUCAGUUUACGUGGGAUUUCAUAUCUGACAGGUGUAUCACACACCAACAACAAUUUUUUGCCCGAAAGCGCUGUUUGCCUAAAGCAUGGGACGUUAAUACUUAUCCUCAUCCUUGAAAUGGCGCUUUGGGAACUAUAUGUAGCAAAAGAGCAUUCGCAUGCACCCAAUUGGCAGUCACGUGUCCUUCUGUGUCACUCUCAUGUUGCUGGACUGUCAUGCAUUUGCGUCGUUAAUAGAAAUUUUAAAUUAUUUCAUUCCUCAAACUAGCAUAGCAUGCGAAACAUGUCUAACACAGUAGGCUAUUACACCAUGCUUAUAGUGUCCAGUGAGGUAAAUAAUUUGUUAGUUGCUUCUUUGCCGAGAUACUAAAAAUUAAAUGCAAACUCAAAUACACUGCAUGCAAUACACAGGGUGUAUAAAAGAGGUAAUCCAAAUUUGACAUGUUAUAGGGCGUUUAGGUAUAUAUAGGUUUCCUGUUUUCAUAUACUUAUGUAAAGAUCAGAAUUUUUGCUGUCAAAUGACACUCUUUCUGUAAUAAAAGAUGUAUUAAAUCUGCUUCCAAUUUUCGAACAAAUGCUGGUUACCUAUUUGGAAAGAUUUGGAACUCAAGUUCAAUCCGCAAACUUUCAGGUUUGUGAAACGUUUCAACAACGAAAAUUCAUUGUCAUACUGGAGUUGAAAUUUACCAGGACUUGAUGUUCAUCAAUCCAAACCUUAUUCCAUCUUUAUUCAAGGUCUUAAAUUUAAAAAUACGAGUAAUUUUAGUAUACUCAACAAAGGCGCGGAUAAAUGCAAUUUCGACCGCCCAUUUUAAAUCUGCAUGAUCGUAUAUUUGGCUAUUUAUCAUGAAAAUGAUAGAAAAAAGGUACCAUUUGAUAGCUUAAAGCCUAAACAUUAUUCGCAUAUAAUAUAUCUAUAAACUUAAUACCAAACGCACGAUAAUAUAUGUGCCGCCAAAGUUAGAUUACCAUUUUUUAUACACCUGUGUACAACACCGUGAACUUUUUGAAAAACAUGAAAGCAUGUCGGAUACCUACUGUAAAGGGAUACGUCAAACUUAUUUAAUAUUAACUUUAGCGUUUAAUAUUAAUUUUAGCGUUUUCUAUUUGAUACUCAUUUCUUAGUUAUUGUUCGAUUUUGAACAUAUAGGUAUGAAAUAAUGAGAAAUUGUUGGAAAGUUGAACCAAGCGAAAGACCCACAUUUGAAGAUUUGCACGAAUCCCUUCAUGGCAUGCUAAUGGCUGAUGAGGUAUUGUUUUUCAUAUAGCCAAUCAUUCAUUCGUAUUAAAACAGCAUGUAAUAUGUAUGAAUUUGUUUUUUUGAAGUUUACAGAUCGAAUCUCUGAAAUCAUCUCGUAAAUAAAUUUUAGUUUUAUUAUAUGACAAUGGCGUAAUUUUCUAUGCAAAUAAGGUUAAUGAGAACACGAGAAUAUAUUUUCCCGGCCUGAACGGUUUUGUUUCUGGUUAGGAUGAAGCAAACAUUCGACUUUUAGAGUGAAAAACACUAGGUCAACGCAGCAAAUGAACUUUUUAAUAAAGUUUUUCAAAUGUUAUGAACAGUUGAACAGUACAAGAACAACACUAUAAAAGGACACUCAGCGAACUAUAGUUGCGAGCAAUUUUAGGUAAUAUAUUUUUUAAAUUAAUGAAAACCAAGCAUGGCAACUUAGUAUCAUUGCUGUUCUACUACCCGGCUAUUAUAUAGAAUUUAAAAUUAAUGAAACAACAAAAAAUUGUUGCUCCAUUUAUUUAUUUCUUUAUCUAUUAUAUAUAGUGGCUCAAUACAGUUUUCAAAACUUUAGGUGUACAAUAGUUUUGACAGUUUUAAACGUCGUAGCUAUAUUUUUAGGUUUUACGGCGUAGAUACCAGGAUAUUCAUCUAUUUUCAUGUUUCUUUUUUCAAUUUAUGUCAAUUUUGAUGACACAUAGUUCGUUAAUAUGGCAAUACACGCAUACGAAAUUCAUUCCAACAUAGCCUAUUGCUUUGGUCAGUUGAAAAAAAAAAGCACGGUGACCCCCAAUUUCUUUUUCGGGGAAUAUUUGACUUACAACAUAGACUAACCAUAAGGAAAAAUUAAUAUAAAAAUUCUGUAAUGUCAUUUUCAAAAAAUCGCAAAAAUGCCAGUUUCUCGAUAAAAUCUUUUUGGCAUCACAGAAUUUUUUUUGGUAUAUUGAAAGACUUUUGCAGUACAAUACAGUGUGCAAAAUUUCAAAAUAGAUCACUGCACGAAAAAAUGAGAUAUAGCACACUGUUUUUCAAAAAUUGGCAUUUCUAAUGACGUCAGCAACUGACACGUAGGGGCCUACAAUCGCGCGAGAUGCAUGGCAUGAGCAAGGCGCUACGUCAGGUCAUAUAUAUAGCUUAAAUGAGUCAUUUCGUUAAUAUUCUCGGAGACAUGAAUGGUCACGUGGUUUUGGUCAUAUAGCAUAACGCUUUGUUUUCGCGACUCUUGUGUGUAUUAAUGUAGCGAGCCACCUUAAUUUAUUUACUUAUUUAUUUCUUUAUUAGAAAUCGUACAUCAAUAUCACGCAAGUGGUUAAUGAAGGGUCACUGACAACGACAAUGAAGCCUGCAAGACGUCUUUCUGGUGAAGAUGAGUCGGUAAAUGCAUGA